AUGCUCGGUGUGAGUCACGUGACGCAGCCCGGUGAGGCGGGACUCCUGGCAGCGCAGUCGCCUCACGUGACCUCCUGCCAGUCAGCCAAUGGGUGAGCGCGGCGGCGAAUUUCGAAUGUGGUGGCGUUAGCCGGCGGGCGACUGGGGACGGGGCCUAGACCUGGAGGGGCCGAAGCACAGGCUACGCCGGCCAGACAGCUUCGCGAAACCUUGGAAUGUAAGAAGGAGGGCGACAGCUGCGGCAGAAGUGGUGGCCAAGGUACUGUUCUGGACGUACCUGUGGGAGGAAGAUCUCCCGGCCCUCUUCCGGCAACACCCCCCGCCCCCGACUUUCCCCGAGCCCCUCCGUGAAAGAGAAAGCCGCGGGUUUUCCAGGCAGAAGAUGGCCAAGGAAAGGUGCCUUAAAAAGUCCUUUCAAGAUAGUCUUGAAGACAUAAAGAAACGAAUGAAAGAGAAAAGGAGUAAAAAUUUGGCAGAGAUCGGCAAACGAAAGUCUUUUAUACCUGCGCCAUGCCAAAUAAUCACCAACACUUCUACACUGUUAAAAAACUACCAAGACAACAACAGAAUGUUAGCUUUAGCUUUGGAAAAUGAAAAAUCCAAAGUGAGAGAAGCCCAAGAUAUCAUCUUACAACUGAGAAAAGAAUGUUACUACCUCACAUGUCAGCUACAUGCAUUGAAAGAAAAACUGACUUCACAACAAACCGGAGAAACUACUCAGAACCAGGAAGUAUGCCCCUCUGGAAUGGCCACCAGUAGUGACAACUCCAGGGAUUUAUUUGUGAAGGAUUUACUACAAGUUCCUCUUCAGGAAGCUCACCUUCCAGGACAAGGAGAAUCAUUCCAAAUAGAAGAGCAAAUACCUAUUUCUCAAGACAGACUGGGAUUUGAUUUGAAUUCAGAUGACGAUAAAUCUACUGAUAAUGUCUUACCUAGAACUGUAUCUGUCCGUCGCAGUUUAAAGAAACAUUUUAAUAAUCUAUGUCAGUUCAAUACCUUGGAUGAUUUUGAAAUCAGUCAUUUCUCAGAGCAGUCCUUUGAAUUGGAAAGAAUUAGAUGUGUAGACCCAGUAGUAAAUAUGCACUUACCUGAAAACGUGGAACAAAAUGUUUGUCAAUGGAAUAAUGAUCAAAUUAACUUAUCACCAAAGCUGAUUGACCCAGAAAGAUCCACUAAAACAAAAGAAGACAUCUUAGAGUAUAAACCUGAACAUACUAAAAAUAAGUGCAGAGGUGCACAAGGAAGAAAAGGAGAAGAGAAAAGAAAAGGUAACAGAAGGAAAAAAUCAAAAUUUGUAUCAAAGUAUAAAGCGAGCAAAAGUGAAAAUAAAAAAACUGUCUCCAAAGAAAAGUUGGAUGAAUCUGUCACUUCCAGUGAUGCCUACAAUUUUAAUUUGGAAGAGGGAAUUCAUCUCACUCCUUUCCGACAAAAAAUUAACAAUGAUUCUAACAGAGGAGAAAACACCAGUGAACCUGAAUUGAGCGUCUGUGAAUCAAGUGGUUCAGGAGAUGACUCUGAUGACCUCUAUUUGCCCACUUGCAAGUACAGUCAAGGUCUCUCCAGUGAACCAGCUGGGAGCCCAGUCAGCAGGCCGAGACCUAAAAGAGCGCUAAAACACAGGGCUGAAAAAGAGAUAGAGGGCACUAAGCUUAUAAAAACUCCUAUCAGUGCACUACCUAAAACUCACCGCUCACCUCAUUUUAGCCUGAAGGAUAUCACCAAUGCUCCCUUGUAUCCUGUAUUGAAAGUCAGAAAACUUUCUCUUUCUCCAAAAAAGAAUAAAGAAAGCCCAGCAGUGUCUCUGCCAAAGCGUAGGUGCACAGUCAGUAUGAACUAUAAGGAACCCACACUCAUUUCGAAACUGAGAAGAGGAGACCCUUUUACAGAUUUGUGUUUCUUGAAUUCUCCUAUUUUCAAACAGAAAAAGGAUCCCAGACGCAGUUCUAAAAAAAAAAGUAUGAAGCAAAUACAGUGAAGUGUUUUUUGGAUGCUGUUUAAAUUCAUCCUACUACACCUCCUAUCUCUCCAAGAGAGAAUCCGUAAGAUAGUCCACAAAAGGGUUGAACUAUUGCCAUGGAAUAUUCUUUGAACCCUAGAUCAUGAAAAUGUCUUCAAAACUAUACUUCAAAUGUGAUGCUUUUUUCUCAUACCACUAAUAAAUUUGGUUUAUUUUUUCUUUUAAAUAAAAAUAACCGGACAUAAGCCCAAUUUCUUAAACUGCCUAAAACUUUUAAUUUUACUCAAAAUGUAUCUUCUGCGAAAGUAAAAUGUGAGAUAAUGAACUGAUGGUUGCUUAGGUUCUGGGACUAGGCAAGUGACUAGCUCUAAAUACCAAGCUGCCUAGGUGUAUACUGUUCAGUGACACCUCAGCAAAUUAUUAUGUUUGGACUUUCAGGAUAGUUCCUUAGUUAGUCGUUACCAUAGUAGGGUCAGUGCAGAUAUAGAACAUUUCCAUCGCUAUAGAAAGUGAUUGCAUUAUUGGGCAAUUUGCAAUUUGGUGUUUUUAUACUUUUAAUAUUUCUGUAUUCUUACUGUUUAUCCCUAGACUGUUAAGAAUCGUUUUGUAUGUUAACAUUUUACGUGAAUGUUAUAUUGUACGUACCUUUUUGCAACUGACUUUUACUUAACUCACCAAUGUUUUUGAGAUUUAUCCAUGUUGGCAGAUGUAGAUUAUUUUCAUCGUACAGUUAUAUAAAUAAACUAGACUUACUAUUUUGAGAGAUAA